AUGAUCUGUGUAUCUGUGCCCUUUCAAUUAAAAUUCCAUUCUUUUUCAGUUAACCAUCAUAUUCAAUUAAUAAAAUUACCAACUGAAGAUGAUUAUAAUGCCUCUAUAAUUACAAUAUUACGUUGUUCAGCUGAAACUUUUUUAAAAAUUUUUUAA